AUGAGGAAAAAACAGUCUGCUAGUACCGUAACUAAAAAGUUAGCCUCAUCCUCAGCAGCAGUCACCACACAAGAGAUUACACCCUGGUCUACACCAACUAGCACAAUGUCUGAAAAAUUGGAUUCUGAUAUGUUUUCAGAUGCUAAUUCUGAUCAUUUACCCGUGUGUAUGGCUAACGAAACACUAUCAAAAAGUAUGGACUACACCUUAACCGAAAUGAUUCCUGUCCACGAAAUGAAGGAAUCCAUUGAGCAACUCCAAUUAGAACUUUGUAUCUCUCAAAACGAACUUGAAAAUGUGAUACUUGAAAAUAAUGAUUUACGUUCGCAAAUAACAAAACUUAGCAAAGAAAAUAACAUGUUAAAGACGCUACUCUCCAAAACUCCAUCUAAGAAAAGUAAAACAAACAAUAGUGCUUGUAAACAGAAAAGUAGAUGCUCCCUACAGUAUUCAGACAUUAAUAUCAUGGCUACACCGCCUAGAGUAUCCGCCAUUAAUGACAAAGGAAUAGCUUCCAUAGAAAACCACGUUGCCUUACAGGAAAACCUUUUAGAUCUAGAGAUGCAACUAAAAACAGCAAAGCACGAAAUAUCCAAACUUAAUGAGCAAAUUGGAGUUUUGCAACAAACAUUGCAGACCAAACAAUGUGGUGAACUGCAAUCCUUAAAUGAUGCAAAUUGCAUACUCAAUUGCAACAAUAAUAAAAUAAGAAGGAAACUAUGUGUGUUGACGAAUGGCAUCCCGGGAGAUUCCCUGCAAGCUGUAGAAGACACAUUUGGUAGUCAGUUUCAGUACAUCCGAUAUGUUUUGCCUAACUGUAACAUAAAGGACCUAUUAGACAACAUAAACACUAAAUUAGUAAACUAUGACUUAAGUGAUUACUGUAUUGUUAUGUUGGGAGGAAAAGACUUACAUUCAACAUGUAACUAUGUGGAACUGAUUAAAAUAAUUAGGGACGCUCUGCAGCAUAUAAACCAUACUAAUAUCAUUGUUUGUACUCCUUCAUAUUCAAAGCAAAAUUAG